AUGGCGCCAUACGACAGUGACGACUCGCUCGACGAAGAUCAGGACUAUACAGAAACCAAUGUCCUCCUCGGAUACGCUUCCAAAGAUGCAGACGAGGACACAAUCAGCCGCCUAGGGGGCAGACCAGAAUGGCUCGAUUCCUCCAAAGCACCAUCCUCAUCUCUCGCUCGCUGCAAGGUCUGCAAUGACCUCAUGGUGGUCCUCCUCCAGCUCAAUGCCGAGCUAAACGAGCGCUUCCCAGGCCACGAGAGGCGGUUAUACGUGUUCUCGUGCCGGCGGAAGUCAUGUCGGCGGAAGGAGGGGAGCAUACGUGCCCUGAGGGGAGUGCGAAUUUCGGCUGAGGCGGCUGCGAAGGCUAAGCAACGCAAAGAGAAGGAGCAACAGGACAAGGAAGAGAAAGAGAAGGCUGAGGCGGAGAGGAAGGAGAAGGAAAAGGGCUUGGGCGAGGCACUAUUCGGCGUCCAAGGCAAAGGAGCGUUUGGGGCCGGCGGAGCAGCGAACCCGUUCUCCUCAGGCGGCAGUUCUGCUGGCGCGAAUCCCUUCGCGAAGCCUUCCGGAAACCCAUUUAGCACAGGAAGCGCCGAGACAACACAAACAAAAUCACCACAGCCCGAACCGGAGUCCGAACCGACAUCAUCCAAGUACUCCACGAAAGACCUACCCAAGACCUUUGCCGAAACACUAUCCCUCAACAACCCCCAAGAAGCCGAGAAACUCGGCCCUCCUCCCCCGCCAGAGCCGUGGCCGUCAGAGUCCGAGCAGCCAAAGCUGUACCCCUUGAGCUACCUCGCCGACGCAGACUACGAGACACUUGACCCAAUCCCGGCGCCGAAAGAUGUCCCGACCAGCAUGGACAUCGACGACGGCGCCGGGGCCGGCUCAGGCGGCGGCAAGGAGGACAAGGACGUGUUCGAGAGCACGAUCGACAGCACGUUCCAGAAGUUUGCGGACCGGCUCGCGCAGAACCCGGACCAGUGCAUCCGCUACGAGUUCAACGGGCAGCCGCUGCUGUACAGCAAGACGGACGCCGUGGGCCGGAGGCUACACGACGGGGCGGGCGGUCGCGUGCCGCCCUGCCCCAACUGCCGCGGCGAGAGGGUCUUUGAGGUGCAGCUCGUGCCGGGCGCCAUCGCCGAGCUGGAGAGCGAGGAGGAUGGGCUUGAGGGCAUGGACUGGGGCACUGUCAUCGUUGGCACUUGCGCUACGGACUGCGUCCCGACGGGCACUGCUGAUGGCGAGGCUGGGUAUCUGGAGGAGUGGGCUGGUGUGCAGUGGGAGGAGUUGACGCAGAGGAGGUAG